GCCAGUGGUGCCCUCGAAAGCCUAAUGAAGUCACCGUCAAUCCGUACUGGUCUGGACCUGGGCCAAACUAGGUGAUAACACUUGAGAGAGCAAAGCUCGGAACGUCAAAGCCGGCCGUGGAUGAUCUGCCUCCAAACCCACCUCACUCCAGAACUGUAUUCGAUUGUCCUUCGCCCCUCUCAGGUUUCAAGGUUGGCCCGGAUCUCCCAGGUGGUUUGUGAGUUAGUCUGCUGCGAACUGACUACGAGAACGACUGCCACAUCCCGUGGUUUUCUCUGAUCCUCGGGCUUGACACCCUAGGCAACCCACUUCGACCCCUCCAUAGUACUUACCCACGAGGGCGUCGUCUCCGCCAGAUCGCACAAGGCUGACUACACCCCGCUCCAUCAUAUCCUCACCCGCUCGCCCACCUCGUCUGCCAACCCUGCUUUCCUCUUCCUGCCUUGCCUCCCCUGGUCAGCUACAGCAGCAGCAAACACAGACCAUCUCCACAAUGUCGAGCACACGCGAGCGCCGCAUCCUCAAGGAGCUCAGCGACAUCCAGCAGGACAAGGACAACUCGGGCGUCCUGGCCACGCCUGUCGAUCCCAGCAACCUCACACAUCUGAAGGGCACCUUCCCAGGACCCCCAGACACUCCCUAUGCCGGCGGAACCUACACAGUCGACAUCCAAAUCCCCGACAUGUAUCCCUUCAAGUCGCCUGUCAUGAAGUUCGACACCAAAAUGUGGCAUCCCAACAUCAGCAGCCAGACAGGUGCCAUCUGCCUUGAUAUUCUCGGGAGCGGCUGGUCGCCGGUGGGCACCAUCAAGACGGCGCUCCUGUCUCUACGCAUGCUCCUCGAGGCCCCGAACCCCAAGGACCCGCAAGACGCCGAAGUUGCUAAGAUGAUGAUGGAAGAUCACGAGUUCUUCUCAUGCGUGGCGCAUGACUGGGCGGUCAAACACGCCGGCGCUCCUCGUACACAACCGCCACCGGAUCAGCUGCAGCGCAAGGCCACACAGAAAAAGGAGGAUGACAUAGCAAAGUACCAAGGCUGGAACAAGAACCUCGUCGACCGCUUUGUCAACAUGGGAUUUGAUCUCGACGCCGUCGUGGAGGCCUUCCAGUACGUAGGUAUCGACCGCAACGGUGGCGACGACUACGAGAUGGAGGAGGCAUACAUGGGCGACGUCACCGCCCGCCUUCUAGGCGAGCAAUGAGGCCCAACAUCCGAGAAGGAAUUUGAAAUAGCACCGAAUAUCUCUUAACAGCAGAUCCCCGAGGACCGGGGUUUUCGAACAACCGCGACAGUGCCCCAAGGACGUACCGGGCGCGGCGAGCAGCAUUCAAAUGGAGUUACACUGGCAGGUGAUGGGUGAAGGGGCAAUUUUUUGUGUGCCGUAACGGAGUAAAGCCCUUCUUUUGAGGCUUUGGGUCCACAGCAUUACCAAUGGUCUUUUGCUUUGCGCGAAUGCAUUUCUCUGCAAAUAAGGGACAACGGAGGCGUUUGGGACUGGCUGUGAGACGCACGCCAGAAUUUAUCGUGGGCAGCGACUAACCGGGCUUCCCCACAGCCUUGGACUAGUGGCUAUAUAGACAAAUCGAUCCAGCUCGCUUGGCUAUAGCAGCCUUUGAUCCACCAAGGACCGAACAGUAAAGUACGUGUUUAAAUCU